GUUGAUCUCACCUAAAAUAAUCCGAAUAUGGAUUUUAUAGAACUUGGACUCAAUUUGGCUGUGCUUGUUCACCAUUUGUUUCAUAAGCAUCUUAAUGACCCUAGAAAGGCAUUUUAUGAGCUCACUUUGCGUACAGGGUCUGCCUGCACCGAACAGGACCUUCAGUUAGCGCAAAAUGUUUGUGAAUUAACAAAAACAGUCUGGUAUCAGGACAUGACUGCACGUUUCCGUUCCAUGUUAGAUUUUGUCCGAGAUAAAAACAAGGAAACUAUUCAGGAAAUGCGGGAUUUAAUCAAUGAGCUUUACCCUCGUGGAUGCGCUACUAGUGAGUUUGCAAAUGUUGUGGAAACUUGCACAGCUUUGAUCCCCUACACCAUCCAUUCUGAAAAAAUUUCCAGAUUCAUGGAUGAGCAGAGUGAUACCCUGCAUUCUGAUAGGAUAUACGAGCUUUCGGCUGAAGAGCUGACCCAGCGCAUAGUAAAUGACUUGCUAGUAAAUUCUAUGAUUCCCCCUUUAUGGUGGCGUGAGGAUCAUGCGAUCUCUGGGGGAGCCGUUGGGACGAUAAAAGUGACAAAGGUGGCCCUACGUUUGUCACCAUUAGAAAUCGUCAUCCAAUACACGAGAUCGCCAUGGGCUGUCAGAGUCCGCAAGAUCCAUCUUGGGUCAGUUCUUUCCUUAGGUGGUCCUACCGCACACAUUGCAAGACGCCUUGCCAGGUCACAUGGUUCGCUUCUGGGAGAAAAAGUGUUUCAGAGACUCCUGAUCAAGCUACAGCAUUUGGCAACACAAUCGGAGUGUAUACAGGAGAAACCUGAAGGGGUCAUAUCGGGGGUUACCGAGGCUUUAGAUAUGCUGGAGUCUGUUCCACCCGCCCUCCCGGCAAAUAUGGAAGUGACAGACACUCUUGGAACAGAUAUUUUAAUGAAGGGAAAACCACAAAAGGCAGAUUUAGGAUUACUUUAUCGUGACCCAACCAAAGCGCUAGAAGACGUAGACCUCAAUGACGCAGACGAGCUUACAACAAAAGAGUUCAAGGAAUUUAUGAAUAAAGAUUUCCAAAAAGUAGCAAUCAAGCCAGGUGAUCCAGGCUACAUAUACGACAAACGGGUUAAUGUAAACCCAACCAAAGACAGUGCAUGGGAUGACUUGGACUCGAACUAGAAAGCAGCUAGGCAAAUUAAUACGAUAGACCUCAUCCGAUAUUAGUUUCUCAAUUAAAUCAAGAGCUAUCUUUUUUUAUAGCUUACCCUUUUUUCUCUUUUAUUUCUCAUCAUUAUCGGUUGUGUUUUUGACCUUUUGUCAAAUGUUUAAUUUGAAAUACAUAGGGAAUACUUUUAGACUAUCUUGUGUAAUUCGUAUGCUCUUAAUCAUACGGCAAAAACGCAUUUACAGGACCUUUUAAAUAAAAAUUCAUGCUCUUCUUUUUCAAAAC